ACUGCCACCCCACUACCAGAGACCGGAGAGAGCAGAGCAUUUCAACAAAUUCUCUCGUCAUUUCCCUCGCAGGGCACACACGCACCACAUCGCUGCCUGCUCGCGAGUCGCACGUCUGCAAAGUCUUCAGGAGCGAUUUUUUUCUUCCCUCGACAGUUCGCGAAUUGUGCCCCGGUGCCGAAGAGGAGUGAUAUUCGCGAGACAAGUGGUGCUGCUCAGAGGAAAAAUUGGCUCUCAUCCGACUCCUCCCCCUCCAGUAGCCGGUCGGGACAUCUUCGGACGGCGUCCCGGUGCGCGAGUUAAGACACCCUUUCCCACCGGCGACCAGCGUGCACCCCGAACCGGCUCGGGGUAGUCGGGGCGGAUAGUGGACGGUAGAGGGCAGUCGCGUCUAGUGGGCAGGUCCAGAGAUUGUGUGUGCGCACUUGUAUCAUAUCCAUAUUUAUGUGUUGGAGCUAACCAAUGGGAAGGCGUCUGCGGAGGCUUUGACUGGCUCUCCCCUCUCCUGGCUGUCCCCUUGUUUAACUCGCCCGAGAAUAAGAUUAUCAUAAGCAGUCAGCAAUAUUGAUAAUCAUAGCCAGCGGCAGCAGCGGCCGGAGCAGCAGCAUCUCUACUGUGGUGUGUCUGUGUCGAGUGCGCCCCAGCCGCCGUGACCCGACUGUGUGUGUGUGUGCGUUUGUGAGGGGGUGCCUUCGAGGUGGAGGUGGAACACACACACACACACAAUACUCUCUCACACACACGCCGAAAGACUGGAAACAAUAUUGCAUGAGCAGUUAUCAUACAGCAAGACUUGCGCAGUGCAACUGAGAAACUGUAUUGGUGGUCAAAAAAUUUCUGCCGAGAAGAAGAAAAGUGCUGAAAGAUGAAGCUGUAGUCAGCACUUUGCCGCAGGCCACGCAUCAUAACCAUCUGCACACCCGCUCGUCGCUCUGCUCCACAAACAGUCUUCAGGCAGUGUCCAGCCGACUUCUGUCCGGCGGUCAUGUGCUGAUCCUGAGACUGUUUCGCCCCCGCGGACGUCACUUGGCAGCAUCAUGUCUAGGAGGAAGCAGGCGAGACCGAUCAGGGUGCUCGAGCCAGAAGAUGCUCUGCAAUCUGCACUUACUGAACCUGCUGAACCUGGUACCAGCAUAUUGGGUGCAAUAAACGAAAAUUCGUGCUCAGUGUCGGAAGACGACGGUGCAGAAAGCGAGGAUUUGCAGGACGCAGACCCCAACAGCGAGCGCCAGUGCCGACGUUGCAAGGCCGACUUCGUGAAUUUGGCCGCCUACGUGGCUCACAAGCCGACCUGCGCCAAGCCGGUGGACGAGGAAGAGCUCGCUGGCUCCUCAGGUGAGGACGCCGACGACGAAAAGCGCGACGGCGGCGAGGUGCUAAAGCGCCGUCGCCUCCAGGACGCUGAGAACAACAACGGAGCCGUCACAACCCCCAACAAAGAGGAGAUGGAGGACUUUAGCGAGCCAAACAAAGUAGCGAAUAUGAUGAACCUGGCACCACUGCUGAACCUGUCGUCGGGCGGCGGAUCCCCGAACGCGGCAGCCGCCCUGGCGACGCUUUCCACGCUGCCCGGCGCAGCAGGUCUGUUCUCCAGCUCUGUCACCCUGGAAACAAUGCAGAACACUAAGGUGGCCGUGGCGCAGUUCGCUGCGACCGCCCUGGCCAACUGCGCCAACAACCCUGCCGCGAUGCAGGAGUUGGCCGUGCUGCAGUCGACGCUGUUCGCGCUGCAGCAGCAGCAGGUGAUGCAGAUGAACAUCAUCCAGCAGCUACAGCAGCAGCUCACCCUGAACAGAGACAGCAAAGAGGGCAGCCCGGUGUCCCCCGCGUCCAUUCCCAGGAGCCAGCAGGAUGACAUUCUCACUCCCCCCUCUCCUCCCAUAUCAAUCCCUUCCAGCCUUCCCCUCUCGUCGGCGAACGUGCCCCUCCAGCCGAGCGGUUACCACCACGAGAGGGAGCGCGAGCGAGUCAUGGAGAAGGAGCGGUUCAUGCAGCCUUCGCCCUCGUCGCAGGGCACGGCGCUGCCGGCCACGAUGAUGAGCAAGCCGCUGUCCGCGGGCCCACGCAUCUCGAUGGCCGAGAUCUCGCACACGAUCAAGCCACCGGUGAAGGAUUCGCCGAGGGUGCCGACCCCGCCCACUACCUCAUCCGCCCCGACAAGCAUCGCCAACUCGAUCAUCCCGCCGCACCCGCUGCACCACCAGACGGGAGGUGUGACCGGCUGCUCCAUCUCGGCGACCCUGGCGGACACCAUCAUCACCAACACGGAACCGUUCCCGUCGCUGGACGAGCCGAACUCGCUCGAGAUGCUUCAGCGGCGCGCGCAAGAGGUGCUGGACAGCGCCAGUCAGGGCCUGCUCGCCGGUAACCUGGCCGACGAGCUGGCGUUCCGCGGCAGCGGUGGCUCCAAGGGCGGCAAGAACGGCGACGGCAAACGCGGCAGCGAGCCCUUCUUCAAGCACCGCUGUCGCUACUGCGGCAAAGUGUUCGGAUCGGAUUCGGCGCUGCAGAUCCAUAUCCGCUCGCACACAGGUGAGCGACCGUUUAAAUGCAAUGUUUGUGGUAGUCGUUUCACCACGAAGGGCAAUCUGAAAGUUCAUUUCCAAAGACACACGUCCAAGUUUCCGCAUAUUAAAAUGAAUCCAAACCCCGUACCCGAACACUUAGACAAAUACCACCCGCCACUGUUGGCGCAGUUACAGCAAAACAAUCCUUCUUCGUCGUCGCCUCCCCUGAUCCCCCACCCCGUCAUCGGGUCGAGCCUGCCGCCCUUCCCGCCGUCGCAGGUGUCCACGCACCCGCCCUCCAUUCCCAUUCCCUCUUCGCACCACUUUCGGGCCAACUCGCACCCUCUGUUGAACACUUCCACCCUGGUCGCACCUACCGGUUUGCAAAUUCCUCCGCCCGCCGUCGCUGCAGUUCCGCCGUCGCAGCAGCAGCAGCAGCAACACCAACAACACCACCACCUGUCGCUGCCGCUGCACCACCACCACCACCACCACCUGAAACGCGAGCAGUACCAACCCCCGCAGGACGUACCUGAAAACCUGAGCAAACCGGCGCCGCGCCCCUCGAGUAACACGAGCUCCGCGUCGCCUCCGCUGCACGCGCGCGUCAAAGCGGAGGCGGUCUACUCGGACGACGAUGAUGCCGACAAGCGCAGCAACAGCAACCACCACGAGGACCUGAUGCACCCACUAACGUCACCCUCGUCCCACCACACCCCGCACAAUGACCUGCACCACCGACCACCCUCGUCUUCUAACCCCUACCUCGACGAAGAGCUGAGCGGAGGCGGCCGCAGCAGCAGCCGCGCCGGCGACUUUAGCGAGGAGGAGGCGGCGCUCGGGGGUGGCGACCGCGACGCCGGCUCGCCGCCCCCGCCGUCGUUUGUCGACGCUGCCGCCGACGAGACUUCGCAGAGAUCGCUGCUCUCCCAGCAGGCCGCGUCGCGACACGACCAGCCCGAGAACCUCAAUGAGUCGUCUCCGUUGCCGUCACCCGCGUUGGCGCGAUCCUGCGGCAGCCCCUCUGAGAGCAACUCGCUGGGCGCGCUGGACCUCACGCCCAAGAUCGCCUCGCCGCCGGCCACCGUCGUCAGCAGCAGCAGCAGCACCGGCGGCGGCGGCGGCGGCAGCAGCAGCGUUACUCCCUCGGCCCUGUUCGCCUCCCCGCCGGCGAUGAACCUGCCCCCGCACCUUGUCAACGGCAAUUUCCUGUCGAGCGCGUCGGCGGCUGCCAUUCUGGCGCGAAUGCCGCCCAUGCACGGGUCACCAGUCGGUCGAAUUGUUGCAGCACGAGGCAACACGACGUGCAACAUUUGCUUCAAGACGUUCGCCUGCAACUCGGCCCUAGAGAUCCACUACAGGAGCCACACCAAAGAGCGGCCCUUCAAGUGCACCAUCUGCGACCGCGGAUUCUCGACCAAGGACGGGGACGCCACCCUGACUAACUCGCCCCGUUCCGAUCACCCCCUAUCACCCAACCCCGCUCCUUGCGUCUGUGACCAGUGGCGUAUCCAGCACAACUCUCCUGCCCCCAAAUCAAAACGCCAAACCCCCAAAAUCCCGUCCAGAGUCAAGAGAAAACCUCCUGCUCACGGUUUCGGAAUUACGGCCAGAUUCCCCUACUCCCAUCUCAACCUGUUCUUUGACGCUGGAUAUGCUACUUCACCACUAGCAAGGCAACACCUUCCGGGCAACAUGAAGCAGCACAUGCUUACCCACAAGAUCCGCGACAUGCCGCAGCACCUGUUCGACACGAGUAAGAAGCCGUCGUCCCGCGACCGCGACCUGGUGCACUCGAGCCAGAUGCUAUCGCACGGCCAUCACCCCUCGUCGCUGUUGCCGCAGCAGCACCACCAGCCACCGAUGCACCUGUCGCUGCAGUCCUUACAGAACUGCAGCAACAGCAACUCGGAGGACGGGUUGGAGGAGCGGGCGCCGUCGACGCCCACCUCAGACUCUCACAUCAGCACCCGAUCGCCCGAACUGGGCCUCAAGAGACCGUCGCCUGAGGAAGACAUGCCCAUGGCCAAGCGACCUUCUGGCUUGCACAAGCACUUGUGCCACGUUUGCAAUAAGAACUUCUCCUCUUCGUCCGCCCUGCAGAUCCAUAUGCGCACCCACACAGGAGACAAGCCCUUCAAAUGCACCGUCUGCCAAAAGGCCUUCACUACCAAGGGAAAUCUUAAGCAUUGCUUACAGGUGCACAUGGGCACUCACAUGUGGAACAACGGCGCCUCUCGCCGCGGCCGCCGCAUGUCGCUCGACCUGCCGCCCAUCCCGAUGACCCCCAAGGACUCGGAAUUCUUGCAGCGACGACCAGACCUAUUUUACCCCUACUUGACAACACCCUUCAUCAAUGGAAUGCAGCAAAAGCUGAACGAAAUCUCCGUGAUCCAGUCGUCGACGCCGCCGGGCGGUCUGCCGUCGCCGCCAAGCAAGUUUGGUCCGGGUCUGCCAAUGGGUUUCCACGGGCUGGGCCAGCCGUUCGACAAGCCGCUGGGCCUGACGACCGCCGAUGCGUCGCGGUCGCCGUCGCCUGAGGACAAGUCGUCGCCACUGUCGCUAGUGCGGCACGCGUCGUCGCCGCCGGCCGCCUCCGCCUGGGACAUGCACUACCGCCGCCUCUCGCCCGCCGACCGCAACGGAUCGCCGCCGUCCACCCAGCAGGGCAUCAUGUCAUUGUCGCCAUCGCCGCCGGCCGGGGCACAGAACGCCGAGGCACCGCAGCAUCGCGGCGAGUCCUUGGUCGCCUGAACGGGACAAAGCGUAUCUCCACAUAUCUCUCUCUUGGUGUUUUUAAAAAACAAAAAGCAGCGUAAUGUUUAAAUGAUGAAGAAUUAAACCUGAUUAGAACAGAUGAGUGCUCGCUUUUUGCUGGUGGACUGAUACUGGCCUGUCUCUACUUGGUCUGGCGAUACUAUAUUUUUGUUGGUCUAGCGUUGCUGUUUUCAGUUCAUGAAAUAUGAAGCGCAAUACUGACUCCCUUUAAAAACCAAGCCGUUGGCUCGCAUCGAUGAGUGCAUGCACUUUCAAUGUGCAGAGUUAGUGUAGAGUUAGAACUCAUCUAGUCCUUGUUACCUGUUUUUAAGUUAGGAACUGUCUUGUCUCAAAUGUCAUUUCUUUAGUUUUUUAGAUCAUUACCAGUACAGUCUUCCAGUGAAAGUGACGCAAAUUAAGUAUGUGUCCAUGUUAUGUAUCAAUUAUAAUCAUCAACCGCGAGGUUUGUACGUGUAAGAUAGGUCACCACCCACGAAACAACACACACACACACACGCUAUUAGUGUACCACAAUGAAUGUGCAAUCGCUAUAUAUUUAUUAUCUCUCGUGUAAAAAUAAAAUCAGUUGCAGCAGUUUUAAUAUUAAAAAGAUUCAAAAGAAAAAGAGAAGCGUAAAGCCAAGAUUGGAUAUAUUAAUAUGCUAAAAAAAGUAAAAUGUUGUCUCCCGAAUCGUGCGGCGGAAAUGUUCCUAUAUUUCUACAUGGUUAUUAUCCUAGUCUAAAAACGGGAAAAUGCGCGCCAGACAUUGUGCGGGAGAGUGCUAAUCCAGUUUUCAUACAUUAAUCAGUGCAUUGUUGUCAACAUUGUUGCAUUGCUCCGAUGAUUGUGCUUCGCAACACAAUUGAUCGAGCGAUUGUAAUCAGCAGCAUUAUACGAGUUUCCUCUUUUCACCCCAUCCUGCCUCAUGGCGAGGCGUUAAAUGUGUAUGACAUUAUGAUUUUCUCACUACAUCUUCUUGGUCGAGGAAUGAUUUUUUGGAAGACAAUCCUGUGAUAAAAUUCUACUUUUAUUGCACUUUUUAAUCAAAUGAUCUAGCAGAAGAACCAAAUCUCCAGCUCGUUUUCAUUCUAGUAUUAUAUCGUUCGUGUAUUCCAGACGAUUCCAAAUUUUCAAUUGUUUCUAAGAUGGUCUUGAACAAUGUCCAGUAUUAUUGUUACUAUUAUUUAUGCUAAAGUAUCGUGAAGUUAGUUAUUUUUAAUUUAUUUAAGAGUGGACUACAAAUGGUUUUGAUUGAGGAAUUGAAUUCUUUCUCUGUAGAUUUUCCUUUAUGUUGAUAUUGAAUGAUAUAUCAAAUAUAUACGCUUUCUUUAUUGAAGCUGACUGUAAUAAAUGUUUAUGGGAAGAUUCACAUGUGCGUGGAUGCCAAGAGGUAGAAUUAAUAUGUAAAUGUGUGUGCAUAUAUGAAAAUUUUAAAUGCAAAAAUACUGUACAUACAUGAAAUGUAUUUGUGAAUGGUAGCAUAAUUAUAAAAUAAAAGUAUUUGAAAAAGAA